GUGGCCCUGUUCAAAAGAUGGUUCAAGUUUAGAAGCUGAUGGCAAAAUUUCUUGAACCAUAUUAAAAACAUGAUCAGGAAGAGCCUUAGGCAAAACAUUUUCAGGAAAUCCCCUUAUACAUACAUUAUUAAUUUUGCUGCAAUCUUCCAGCUCUGUAUUUUUUUUUAUCAGCAAGAGCCUGCAUACAUGGACCAAUACAUGAACCUUAUGCUUCAACUGGCGGAUUUCAUCUAAAUGUUUAACUUCAAUUUUCUUCAGUUGAGACACCCGGGAUUCCAAAAAAAGCAACUUGCCUGUGAGUUCCUUGUAAUUCCUCCUUUUUACCACACAGUUUUACCAGUAGCCAGGGCUGUCUGACUCUGCUGCCCCAGCACACACAGGGUAUCAGCUUUCAUAAGAGUAGAAUUCCUGUGAGAUCGUCUGUGUCUAGGCAGUUUUAUAGAGCCUCUAUUUGUCUUGAUUCCAGAUGACUUGGAGCCAGCUUUUCCAAUAGUUUAAAGUUUCCUGUGUCCAUCUCUUGCUGUGCACUGGAGAUGCAGCAGGCACUCUCUCUGUGUGGACCCAUGAGAGCUGCACCGAAGUGGCCAGAACCGCCAGAAACGCUGUUACACAUGUCCGAGCUGCCCUUUGGUUUUCUGACUCCUCAGUCAUCAAAGAACUUGCGCCCUUUGUACGUAGCUUUAGAUGCAGCCAUGAAGUCAACCACUGUCACCAGCGGGUUUGUUGCAGACUGGAGGGGGUUUGUCCCUCCCUCGGCUGCCAUUACACUUACGCCAGUCUGGACACAAUCGAGUACCGAAGGAGGCACAGUAUGCCUGAUAGAGACUUUAACGAUGUCUCUCGUACGGUAGUUUAUAUCAUAUGAACAAUCUGUUCGGUAUUUUAAAUCUUUUGAUGCCAUGGCUGUUCGCGGGUUUGAAGGCCCCAUCUUUGACAUUCGUCAGUUUAAAAGUCUUUUUGUGUGCUUGCAUGUUUUGUAAGGUAGUAGGAAAUGAAUUUGCAUGAACUCUCACAAAUUUUCAUGCAGUUUAAAGGGAUUUUAAUUCCAUUAAUUGCAGAGAUCUAAUAAAUGGUGGCCAGGCCACGCCCCCAGAGUUGUACAUCUUUAUAGUCCAGAUACGUAAUUGUUUGCAGCUUUUGAGUGUGAAUGUAACUGUGUAUUUGUGAGCAUUGUUGGAAAACAGUAGUGAUUUUGUUUGGGUAGCGGAGCGCUAGUUCUGACCAGAACUCUUCCGCCGCUGGAUCUGUGAAGACAGGAACUCUGGAACAAGGCGCUGAAAUGUGAAUAGCUCUAACCCUCCCCAGUAUGAUGGGGAUGACACUAGUACUCACAGAACUGGAUGACACACAGUUCCGGGAGUACAACUGGUUUAUUCAGCUCAAACACAGCCUUUUUAUGCACAGACCCCUAGUAUGGGGUCUCCAUACAAAAUAUACACAAGCUCCCCCUAGCUGACCCAUUAUCUGAGAGAUAAUUGAGUCAAAACUGAGUAACUCAAUUAUGUCAGUAUAUUUAUAUUUACAUUUCCCAGUGUCAGCCAGAUAAAGGGUAGCAGUGGCUGGACAGGAGCUGAGAUGAAAGAUAGGAUGGGAGGGAUAACAGCUGUGAUAAAGGAAUAGUAAAAGAAGUGGGGGUGGGACAACUAAAGUUUACUGCCUCCUAUUGAGACUUGCCUAUGACCAGGGAGGGGGAAUCCCUGGUGGGCCGGUGGGAAAAUUUGCUUGUGCCCUACCCCCUCUGUGAUUGCAGACAGAUGUUACCAGCCUGCACUGGGGAAUGUAUUGGAGCAUUGCCAGGGUAUUGUGAAGCAACCCUCUUAAACAAUCCAUGGAAGUUCGGCGGAGACACACAUGUACCACCCCGUCGGACUUUGAAAAUAAAAUACCUGAGCGCCCCAAAAAAAUUAUUCAAACAACCGAUCAGAGAGUUAUGAGUCAAAUUACACAGCAUGGGAAAACUCCAAAGAACUUUCCCACGCUGUGUAAAGUGACAAAAAGCCCUCUGAUUGGUUGGAUUUCAAGCCAACCAAUCCGAGUGCUG